AUGAUCGAGUCUUUCCGGCGGCCGUCGUCGCCAUUAUGCCCAUUUCUUUUGAUAUUGUUGGUGUUGGUGGCAUUGUGUGAUGGCGCCGCCGUCGUUGCUGGCAGUGGCAUCGAUCGUCGAAGUCCAGCAACAGAAGCAGACACGUCGUCAACAUACACAUUCAAUCCUCUCGCCACCAACCUCAACAUAGUCUACUACGGCCAAAGCAACAUCACCGCCGACGUCUCGCUCGACCAAAUCUGCGCCGACGACUCCGUCGACGUGGUUAUUCUGGGAUUCAUCAGACAAUUUUACGGUAGUGGUGGCAAAAACAACAAAUCCAUCAACAUCACUCUAGAUUUUGCCGGAGACUUAUGCUCGUCCACUGCAUCUUCUGCACAGGUCGAGGCCGGUCAGCCGGGGUUGCUUGACUGUGUUUCGACCGGGUUCGCGGAUCGAAUUGCGUCGUGUCAGACAAAAGGGAAAAAAGUGCUGAUUAGUGCCGGGUCAGCCAGUGGGGAUCUGUAUAUCCCGUCAAAGAAGGAUGCUGGGAAAUUGGCGACCAUGCUGUGGAAUUUGUUUUUGGGUGGGACGAGUGAUGGCAAGACCAAGGAUUUGAGGCCGUUUGGGAUGGAUGUGGUUUUGGAUGGGUUUGAUUUGGAUAAUGAAAACGCCACAAACGCCAAAUACCUCCCCAACCUCAUCUCCUCACUGCGCAAAAAGAUGAAAAAGGACAAGGCCAAACCAAAAAGACAAUACUACGUCAGCGCGGCGCCGAUAUGCGCCUUGGAGUCGUCGUCCUCAUCCGAUCAAGAGAUCCCCGUGUCGAAACUUAUUAACGAUAUCGACUUUUGGAACGUGCAGUUCUACAAUGCGCAGGCGUGUCAAGUGGGGAGUUGCGACGGGUUCACGAGCUCGUUGAAGCAGUGGUCGGAGGUAUUGUUGAAUGGACGAAAAGUGAAAUGUGAGGGUUCAACUUGUACGGUUCCAAAGGGCAAAUUCAACACUAUCGAUAAUGGAAUCACGUAUCCGAGACUGUUGAUUGGGUCACGGUCGUUUUAUACCGGUGUCGAGAAUAGAGGGUAUGUCGAUCCACAGACUUAUAGUGAUAUAUUGAAGGAUGAUGUUAAGACGUUGGAUCUGCCGAAUUUGGCGGGUGCUAUGUGGUGGGAUGGGACGUAUUUGGAACAAAACAAGGAGGAGGUGGAGGGGUUGGGGAAUGUUACUUUUGCGGAGGUUGUUAGGGAGGUUUUGUGA